GGUGGGAUUCCUGCAUGCAAGCAAACGUCUUCCCCCGCUUUCCCUCCUUCAGCUGCGAUCCGAUUUCCUCUCUCUCUCUCUCUCUCUCUCUCCCUUCGAUCGUUUGCGAAAGAUCUCAUCCAUCUCUCUCUCUCGUCUCUCGUCUGUCUCACGACUCACAAGAAAGUGUCAUCGUCCAUUAAUGUCGCUCUAACCUUUUUCCUCCCUCCACCCCUCAACUUUCCACCUCGCCAUCUCAACAACCUUAGCGUCAUCUCCUCCUCCAUAAUCGGAUCCCUACCGUGGCUGACGCUGUAAUGUCCACCGCUUACGCUUAGCUGCCGCGCGCUCUCCCCAAUCCAAUCCUAUCCCCUCCCGUUCGGUGAGAUUCCUGUCCGCGAUCCGACCGCAGGAUGAAGUCCAAGCACGGCCGCGACGACGCCGACCGGGAAACCGAGAAGCGUAAGUACCCGAUCGGCCCCGAGCAUUACACUCUCUACGAGGAGGUCGGCCAGGGCGUCAGCGCCUCCGUCCACCGCGCUCUCUGCAUCCCCUUCAAUGAGGUCGUCGCCAUCAAAAUCCUCGACUUUGAGCGCGACAACUGCGAUCUGAAUAGUAUAUGUCGCGAAGCGCAGACGAUGAUCUUGGUUGACCACCCUAAUGUGCUCAGAGCACACUGCUCAUUUGUCAAUGACCAUAACUUGUGGGUUGUCAUGCCUUACAUGGCUGGUGGCUCAUGUCUUCACAUACUGAAGGCUGCAUAUCCCGAUGGUUUUGAGGAGGUUGUUAUUGCUACAAUCCUAAAGGAAGCGCUCAAGGGUUUGGAGUACCUUCAUCACCAUGGCCACAUCCACCGAGACGUCAAAGCUGGGAACAUACUUAUUGAUUCCCGUGGAGCAAUAAAGCUUGGAGAUUUUGGGGUCUCUGCUUGUCUUUUUGAUUCUGGUGACAGGCAACGCACAAGGAAUACUUUUGUGGGAACACCUUGUUGGAUGGCACCGGAGGUUAUGGAGCAAUUACAUGGCUAUGAUUUCAAAGCGGAUAUCUGGUCUUUUGGUAUAACUGCACUUGAGCUUGCUCAUGGGCAUGCUCCAUUCUCAAAAUAUCCUCCUAUGAAGGUACUUCUCAUGACCUUGCAAAGUGCACCCCCUGGCCUUGACUAUGAAAGAGACAGGAAGUUUUCAAAGUCUUUCAAGCAGAUGAUUGCGAGUUGCUUGGUUAAAGACCAGUCCAAAAGGCCAACUUCAAAGAAACUCUUAAAGCACUCCUUUUUCAGGCAAGCCCGGUCAAGUGAUUAUAUAGCGCGGACACUUUUGGAGGGCCUGCCUGCUCUUGGAGACCGUAUCCAGGCAUUAAAGAGGAAGGAAGAAGAUAUGGUUGCACAAAAGAAAAUGCCUGAUGGGGAGAAGGAGGAGAUAUCCCAGAAUGAAUAUAAGCGAGGAAUUAGUGGUUGGAACUUUAAUCUCGAUGACAUGAAAGCUCAGGCGUCCCUGAUUCAGGACAUUGAUGAAGCAAUGUCUAUGUCGGACAGUGUCUAUGAAGGAAGCACUAGUUCUUCAUCUACAGUUGAUGGUCAGGCUAGGAUACUCCAUCCUCAAAUGUCUUGCCUGGGCAAUGCAGAAUAUUAUGAUACGGAGGACAAUGAUGGAGUACAUAAUCAGUCAGCUCCUCUUCCAUUAGUUGAUCCUACUACAAGUAUUAUCAUGCAUCGAGCUGCAAAAUCCGAGGAUGACUUAAGUGUUGCUAGUUCAAGUCAUGAGGUACAUGAGGAGCACAACGAUAACAAAUCAAUUGAAAAGCCUGAUUCAGACAUUAGUGGAAAGGGCUUGGAAGGUAUUGCUACCAUCUCCAACUCCAACCAGAGAAAAGGAGGUUCUUCCAACGGCAUCAAUUUAGUGGAUUUUCCAAAUCGACUUACUAGAGUAGAGAGUGGAAAGAUGCAAAUUCUGCCACAUGUUCAUUCAAAUGGAAAUAUAUCGACAGUUUCUUCGGCAGAUGAUAUAAUCUCUGAGCUUCCUGCUAGAGUUGGUAAACCUUCAGCAGCAAACAAUGAUGACCUUGAUGAGAAAGCAAAGGUGCCUGUAGUACAGCAAAGGGGACGUUUUAAAGUCACUUCAGAGAAUGUAGACCUAGAAAAGGUGGUCCCAUCUCCCGGACUGCAGAAGAGCCACAGCAUGCAGGUCAUUGCCCAGCACCCCACCAUGUCGGCAUCUCCUGUGCCAUCUCCAUCACCAUGUGAUCCCGUAACUUCAGCCCUUCCUAGUGGCAACUCUCUUCUUUCGACUCUGUAUUCGUUUCUGCAGACAAAUAUUCAGCAAAGAGAAUGCAUCUUAACUUUAUUGAAGCAAGCAGCUGCUGGCGAGCUCACAGCCCAUCGCCCCACUGAUGGGGGAGGCAUGCAGGCAAACAGUGCUGCCACUGACAAAACAUUGCUUGAAGCUGCACAUGACAGAGAAAAGGAGUUGCUUCAUGAGAUAACCGAAUUGCAGUGGAGACUCAUAUGUGCACAAGACGAGCUCAAGAGACUGAAGUCAGAGAAUUCUCACCAGAAUGACGAUAGGAUACUUGGGCAAAAGCUUCCCACAAGGGCAAAUGGAGAUUAAGAUGAAAAGCUCAGGAAGCUGUCGAAUAAACGCGCGAUUGUAAGAAUGCUUUAUCGUCUUCAUUUGUUAACUGUUAGGUUUAUGCUACAUGUUUAGCCCUUAGUUAUAAUUGAUGUUGAUACUGUAUUAAGUCUUAGCCAACUCGCUAUUCAAUAGCUGAUAUGUGAAUGCACUCCAAGCCGUUUGGCUGUAGUAGGACCAUAUGAACUGAAGUAGUUAAUAAAUGGAAGACAGACUUGUAUUAAUGAUUGAAAUUAACGUACA